AUGACAACUCAAUAUCCAUGGUAUAUCUAUUUCGCAAUCGAAAUACUUGUAAUGACUAUUCCAUAUUAUGGAAUAAAUCUCUAUGAUUAUUUAACAAAAUCUAAACCAUACAGACGUGAAAUACAAAAACGUAAAUCUCAAGGUAUUGAAUUAAAAAAAGCUUCUGUAACAUCACAUACUAUAAUACAUUUUACAAUACGUUCUUCUGUAUGGUAUUUUAAUAUACAUCAUAAAACAAUGUUUAAUAUGAAUUCUAUAUCAUUAAUAUCGUUUAUAUUAAAAAUGGUUUUAUCUGAUGGUAUAGGAACGAUGCUUCAUAAAUACCAACAUUCAUUAUCUGGUCGAAUUUUUGAUCAUUUAAAACAUCAUCAAUUACGUAUACCAACAUUAACUAGUUCAGCAUAUUCAUCUAUGGGUGAAUUAUUAUUAAGUAGUCAUUUAGGAUGGGUAUUAAUGGGUUUUAUUCCAGGUUCAUUUUGGGAUCAUUGUUUAUUUUUAGUAAUAUCAUCAUUAAUAAAACGAUUAUGUCAUAGUAAUUAUGAUCAUCCAUGGGAGAAUACAAAACUCUAUCGUUUAUUAAAAUUAGUUGGAUCACGUGAACAUCAUGUACAUCAUAUACAUCCAAAUAAGAAUUUUUCAGAUUUAUUUAUAUUUUGGGAUCAAUUAUUUGGUACUUUUCUUGAUUCAAAUAAUGUUGAUGGAAUUUAUAAAUACAAAGACAUAAAAAUGAGAUAA